AUGUCCUCCAACGUCGGCCUCACAACCCCGCGCGGCAGCGGCACAUCAGGCUACGUGCAGCGCAACUCUGCGGUCCUCAAGCCCCGCAACACAGGCUACGGCGCCCCCUACCCACCGAUCAGCGGUGCAAACGGCAGCGGACCAAUGGACCGACCAUUCAAACAGCGGAUGCCGGAUAAGCAGAUUCUCGAGCACGACCGCAAGCGCGCGAUCGAGGUGAAGGUGAUGGAAGAGCGGGAGCGACUGGAAGAAGAGAACGAGCGGAUUGAAGACGAGGCAGACGAUAAGAAGAAGAAGGCGAAGAGUGGAGCCAAGAAAGAGGAAGAUGGCGAGGCCGAUGAGGGAGAGAAGCUUCUUAGUGAAGAGGAGAUUGAUGAGAAGUGUGAUGCUCUUCGACAGCGUUUGCUGGCGGAGCUGGAGGAGGAUUUGAAGCGUGGAGAGUCUGGUUUCAAGAAGCCUUUCCCUGGGUCUGGAUCUGGGGCUGGGGCUGGGAGGGAUAGACGCAAUCUUAAGUCUUACCAGGUUCAUGAGCUUGCUGAGGCGAAGAUUGAGGAGACGGAGAGGUUGCGGAAGGCUUUUGGGUUGAGGGAGGAUCGGGAGACUGGGGAGAUUUCUAGUUCGAGGGAUUAUCGUGAGAAGAGGAGGGAUUAG